AUGAUUAAGACUCAAUUUGAUAGAACUGUUCGUGUAGUCCGUUCUGAUCCUGGGGGUGAGUUUAGUUCCACACCUUUACUCAAUCUCUAUGCAUCCCUAGGAAUUCUUACUCAUAAGUCUUGUCCAGGUGUCUCUCAGCAAAACGGUCUGGUAGAACGCAAAAAUAGGCAUGUUCUUGAGGUUACUCGUGCCCUUUUCCUCUCGUCCCAUGUACCCUCCUUUUUAUGGCCUGAAACUGUUGCUACAGCUGUUCGGUUGAUUAAUUAUCAGAUUACUCCUGUUCUUGGUCAGUCGAGUCUCUAUUUUAAGCUGUAUGCUAAACAUCCUCCAUACUCCCGCCUUCGUGUUUUCGGUUGUCUGUGUUUUGUACUUAUCCCUCGUUCCGAGCGUACUAAGUUGACCUCUAAGACUGCUCGUUGUGCCUUCCUUGGUUAUAGCGACAUCUAUAAGGGGUAUCUGUGUUAUGAUCCUGAUCUUCGUCGCAUUCGUAUCGCCUGUAAUGUCGUCUUUCUAGAGAACCUCAUGUUCUACUCUGCGUCGUCUACCACUACUCCCUUGUUUGAUAUGUCCCUCGGACUCCCAUCAUUCUCCGACACUGAUGAUGUUGAUGAUGCUCUCAUUGAUCUGGACCCGCACCCUGAUGAUAGCCCGCCUCCCUCCCCACCACCAAUACCAACCUUCGCCGCCGACUCCGCCUUCACCACCUACUCCGCCGGACUUGCCACCUCUUCCUCGUCGCUCAUCGCGUUCUACUCUUGGGGUACCUCCUCCUCGUCAUAA